AUGCGUUUUAUAGUAACCGAUAUGGCGAUGUAGUAUUGGAAUUUGGAACAACCCAAAGUUUCCAAUUAGGGCUUGCUGAGCCUGAUCGUACACCCACCCAGCUAUCACACUAUUCUGGUCUCGCAGAGAGAGAGAGAAAGAGAGAACGAUUGGAAGAGUUGCAAUCGUACUCUUAGGGUUAGGGCUUUGAGAGGCGUCAGGAUUACGAUCUCCGUUGAGGUUGAAAGGGGGGGGGGGGGGCUUGUAUUGGGUUGAAGGCUGUUUAUUAUGUUUGCCAGAUGCGGUCUGUGGCAGAUAUGUGCUCCUAAUAGGUUUUGUAGUUUUGGUGUUUUUUCUGAAGAAAGUCAAUUUAACCACUCUUUUUGGAAGUAGCUAUGCUACCCACUGGAGCAAGAGAUACUCAAUUCCGUGAGAGCAAUAACCAAAAGGUUCAUCCACAACCCAUGGAAGAGGCCAUGAAUCAGAAUCCAGAAGCUGUGGAAGCCUUGAUAUCUAAGGUUUUUACGAACAUCUCUUCCCUGAAGUCAGCUUACAUCCAGCUCCAAGCUGCUCAUACUCCCUACGACCCUGAAAAAAUUCAAGCUGCGGAUAAACUUGUAAUUUCUGAGCUAAAAAACCUUUCUGAACUUAAGCACUUCUACAGGGAGAACAAUCCCAGCCCAGUUUGUGUUUCUCCACAGGACUCCCGCCUAGCUGCAGAGAUUCAAGAACAACAAAUUCUGCUGAAAACCUAUGGGGUUAUGGUUAAGAAAUUCCAAUCUGAAAUCCAGAAUAAAGAUUCUGAAAUCCUUCAGCUUCAGCAGCAUAUUGAGGAGGCAAAAGAGAAGCAAGCAAAGUUAGAAAAGAAUCUAAAGCUCAGGGGCAUGUCUACCAAAGAAUCAGAAGGUUCCGCUGAUGAAAAUGGUUUUCCGCCUGUGGAUCUAACUUCCGAUCUCUUCACAUCAGUUGUUGAAGCUGCAUACAAAGCUAUUCAUGAUUUUUCUAAGCCGCUGAUUAACAUGAUGAAGGCAGCUGGGUGGGACCUUGAUGCAGCAGCCAAUUCUAUUGAACCCAGUGUUGUUUAUGCAAAGAGACCUCACAAGAAGUAUGCCAACUUAGACAAUCUUACAGUCACUAAGGAGAGCUUCUUCCACCAAUUUCUUACACUACGGGACAUGGAUCCAUUGGACAUGCUUGGCCAAAAUCCAGAUUCUGUUUUUGGGAGAUUUUGUAGGAGCAAGUACCUGGUAGUGGUUCACCCAAAAAUGGAGACUUCGUUUUUCGGGAAUUUAGAUCAACGAAAUUAUGUAAUGGGUGGGGGGCAUCCAAGGACUCCUUUUUACCAGGCUUUUCUAAAACUGGCCAAGUCAAUAUGGCUUUUGCAUAGGUUGGCUCAUUCUUUUGAUCCUCGUGUUGAGGUCUUUCAGGUCAAGAGGGGGAGUGAGUUCUCGGAGGUUUAUAUGGACAGUGUGGUGAAGAAUUUAAUAAUGGAUGAAAGUGAUCAAAAGCCUAAGGUUGGUCUCAUGGUUAUGCCUGGUUUCUGGAUUGGAGGCAGUGUGAUUCAAAGUCGGGUUUAUCUCUCUGGCAUGAAGGUUGAUGAAUGACGGGCCAGAUCCGUGCCAAUCAAUGUUCAUAUGGGUAUGCAGUGUGUUUUUAUAGUCUGUUGCUUUCAUAAUAUAUUGUUGUUGUUUGUGGUUUGUCCUUUGUAUAAUUGUAAGAUGAAAUGAGCUAUUAAACACUUACUCAAAUGAUCUCUCUCUCUC